ACACAUCCUUGCUGAAUAAAAGUUUGAAUUUCUUUCAAAAAAGAAAGAAUAAAAAUGUACUGACCCCAAACUUUUGAAGUUAGUGUAUAUUUGUUAGAAAAGAUUUCUAUUUCCGAGUAAAUUCGGCUAGCGAUUCGUGCCUUGGCUUUUGAUAACGAGAGCAUGGAGACCUCGCACACUUCUAUCAAGUCUCACUCAAGUGAUUCGGCUGCCAGUGCGGUCAUCGUUAGAAACCCUCGGCUGAUCAUAGAUACUUCUAGAUCGUCUAAACCUGAACCUCGGUUCCAAGGAGGGUCGACCUGCAAAGUUGCAAGGAUGCUGUGGAGAGUUCCAGGGCUGGGCAAUAUAACACUCCGUCAUGUUUGUGGACUUCGGGUCUCGCUCCCGCUCUCGGUCCAGAGGGAGGAGAUACGGGCGCUCUCGCAGCCGCAGCAGAGGGAGAAGGUCCAGAUCUUUCUCUCCUCGUCGUUCUCGCUCUGGUUCUCCCAGACGCUCCAGGUCCAGAUCCGGCUCGGCUCCCAGGAGCAGUCGGUCAGCCUCUCGGAGCCCUGCAGCGAGUGAGACGACUGACGCUGCUGCUGUUCUUCUCCAAGCGCCAAGAGAUGUGAAAUCAGGUCGGUGUGUGGGAUGGAGAGGAGCGCAGGAAUCCUGCUGAAAGUAGGUCAGGCGUCAGUAUCUCUAAUGAAGCGUCUGUAGAGCUCCAGUCCUCCGCCUGUCACAAUAUGAUCAAUAAACCCUCGCGUUAGGCUCGACAUCUCAUGAUGUGUAGCUAAAUAAGCUGCUUGUCAGGUUGAACAAAAGCAUGAUGGUCUGCGGUAAGCAGUUAAUGAGCAGGUCAGACGGGUCGCUCGGAUUCCAGCCGCCUUGACUUCUGACUGACCCGUCAAACACAGCAGAGCACACACAGACAUCUGAGACUGAACAGAGCUUCACACUCAGGGCCAUCACAGACGUAUGGGAGCUCAUUCACAACACCCAAUGAAAAGAAAUAAUAAUAAUAAUUGACUUUUUAUCUCAAUUCUCACUUUUUGAAUUCUCAGAAUUCUUCAUUUGUAUCUCACAAUGCAGACUUUUUUAUUUGUUAUCUUUAUACAGUACAGACCAAA